AUGAGUGCCCAAUCUCGCCAAGAAACAACAAGGCAAGCUGGAAGGCCCAGCAUUCUGGAAGGCGAGGCCGCAGGACCAACGUAUGGAGCCGCUGGAGAUGGAGGAGAAGGUGGGAAUCGUCAGUCUGCUAUGCCGAAUGGUGUCCCUUUGAGACUUCAGAAUGCUGGGGUCAGAUCUAGGGAUUCUGGUGAUAUUGUUGAGCGAGCAGCUGCAACUCAAGUGGAUGCUUCGCAGACCGGACCGGGCGCGACGACGACACGCGGUGCGGGCGAGGCAGUUCAACAGCGAGCUCAUGAGUCAGUGGUGCGAAGGGAGCUCUUCCAUGUGCAACAUGCCGAGCCUGCCUAUGACGAGGGUGGCUCUGAGGUGAUUCAGCGAAGAGUGGUUGGACCCGUAAUGGAGCAAGUCCAAACAGCUGGAAGGCCGACAACUCCGACGGCACCACUGAUGAGCCAAGAGAUGAGGAGACAGGCGGAGGAGUCCUCCAAUGGAUCGAUUUCACAGGAGGUUGUCAUGGAAGAGGUCAAAAGACAAGUCAAGGCCGCUUUGGAUGAGAGGGAGUCAGAGAUGAAGCGGCUUCAUGAUGAGAACCAAGAGCUACGACAAGUGGUUAUGGCCUUGGCAGACAGAGAGCUGGGUGUUGAGGGCGGUGGACAAAGCAGUGGGGCUUUGAUGGAUGGAGACAUGGGUCUUCGAGGCAGCGAACCGAGAGGAAAUCCU